CGCCGUGGGAGCAGCAAGACCGUCACUCUCCAUGCUUCGAUCCCAGCGCCUUCUUGUCGGCCGCCGUGUGGGCUCAAGCCUCACGCGCGUGCAGACGCGCGACGCUAGCACCAUCAAGAAGCUCAUGGCCGCGAACCGCGGCGAGAUCGCCACGCGUAUCAUGCGCGCCGGCAACGAGCUGGGUCUCCGUACCGUGGGCAUCUUCUCCAAGGAGGACCGUUUCACGCAGCACCGCUACAAGGCGGACGAGAGUUUCCUCGUAGGUGCGGAUAAGUCUCCCGUAGGCGCGUACCUAGACAUCAACAGCAUCAUUCAGAUCGCUAAGGAGAACAACAUCGACGCUAUCCAUCCGGGCUACGGCUUCCUCAGUGAGAACGUGGGUUUCGCUGAGCAAUGCGCUAAGAACGGCAUUAAGUUCGUGGGUCCCACACCCGAGAACCUGCAGCGGUUCGGUGACAAGACCGCUGCGCGUGAGAUCGCCAUCGAACAGAAAGUUCCGGUGGUGCCAGGCACGGACGGACCUGUGCACAACCUCGACGAGGCGCGCGCCUUCAUCGACUCGGGUGUAGGUUACCCCGUGAUCAUUAAGGCCAGCAUGGGAGGCGGUGGCCGUGGUAUGCGCGUGGUCAACAGCGCCGAGGAGCUCGAGGAGAACUUCGAGCGAGCCAGCUCCGAAGCCCUGGCUGCUUUCGGUGACGGUACUGUCUUCAUCGAGCGGUACGUGGACCGCCCACGCCACAUUGAAGUCCAGAUCUUGGGUGACGGUAAGGGAAACGUCGUGCACCUGUACCACCGUGACUGUAGUGUGCAACGUCGUCAUCAAAAGGUGUUGGAGACGGCCCCAGCUGUGGGUCUGGACCCCAAGACGGAGAAGGCUAUGAUCGAUGACGCAGUGCGUCUCACCAGUGCUGCCAAGUACCUGAACGCCGGUACAGUAGAGUUCCUGGUGGACCAACAAGGACGUCACUACUUCAUCGAAGUGAACCCUCGUAUCCAGGUCGAGCACACGAUCACUGAGGAGAUCACAGGCAUCGACUUGGUGCAGAGUCAGAUCCGUAUCGCUGGUGGCGAGACCUUUAAGGAUCUGGGAUUGAGUCAGGACAAGAUCAAGCCUCGUGGCCAUGCCAUGCAGUGCCGUGUGACCACGGAGAACCCGAGCACGGGCUUCCAGCCGGACUCUGGAGUCAUUGAGGUAUUCCGUAGCCCCGGUGGCAUGGGCAUCCGUCUGGAUGACGGUCCUGGCUUCGUCGGUGCUCACAUUACGCCUCACUAUGACUCUCUACUCGUCAAGGUGACUGCUCGUGCGCUGGAUCGUGGUGACUGUGCGCACAAGCUGAAGCGUGCGUUGUCCGAGUUCCGUGUACGUGGCGUGACUACCAACAAGAGCUUCUUGGCCAAUGUAUUGAACCAUCCAGACUUUAUCAAGGGUGUUGUGGACACGAGCUUCAUUGCCAAGAACCCAGCUCUACUGGAGCCGUCGAAAUCCACUAACCGUGGCCAGAAGAUGCUGAAAUACAUCGGAAACACCAUCGUUAACGGCCCGGAGAAGGCGUUGGGUGCCACUGGUCCCUCUCCGUCGAAGGUGGACCCGAUUAUUCCGACGCUAACUGCUCCUCCUGCUUCCAAGGACAAGUCUCUGCGUCAGAUCUACGUCGAGCAAGGCCCCGAAGCCUUCGCCAAGGCUGUACGUGCCAAGAAGGGUCUGCUAUUGACGGACACGACGUGGCGUGAUGCUCACCAGUCGCUGCUGGCGACACGUAUGCGUACACGUGACAUGCUAGCUGUUGCUCCUGCGACUUCUAUCGCUAUGCGUGACGCCUUCUCGCUCGAGAUGUGGGGCGGAGCGACGUUCGAUGUGUCGAUGCGUUUCCUGCGUGAAGACCCGUGGGACCGUCUUGCUAUUCUUCGAGAAGCUGUGCCGGACAUCCCGUUCCAGAUGCUGCUCCGUGGUGCCAAUGCUGUUGGCUACACGAGCUACCCGGACAAUGUGGUGUACAAAACAUGA